CCAUUACUUAAAAAUCGGUUAAUCAGUGAUAUUUUGUUUGUAAAAGUAUAUGGCAUAACAUAGAUUUGAAUUACAGAAUGGGUCAGCAUUACAUUACUCAGCAAACAUUACGAUGGAAUGGAAACUACAAUACCUUAUUAUAAUUAACAGUUGACUGGGUACCAAUGUGUUCUUAGACCAACGGUUAAUUUUGCACCUGAGUUGUCGUUUAACUAUUUGCUUAUUACCUUGCAUAUAACUUGGAAAUUUGCUGUUUAUUAUACUUAAACUGUAAAGCACAAAUGAAUGCCUUAUUCUAUUCUGCAUGACCAUAUUCUACAUCUCUUAAUCCUACCAAAUAUCUAAACUGAACAACUACUUUCAUAUCUAAUAAGCAGUAAUUAUGGGUUUAUUGAGGCAAAAGUCAUAUAGUGAGACUAUGAAACUAAACAAGAUAUGAUAAAGAAACUAAACAUGACCAUGACACAACUAUCAAUAAAUAAUAAUAAAAAAGAAUUUCGCCAUCCUGUUUCGGUAGGAUAUACAUCAAUAUAGAAUAAAUAUUGUGCUUGUCAGCAAACUAUGAGUCGUUUUGUUGUGCUUGUCAAUUGUGUUUUACCACAGAGCCACUGUAGGAGAUCUCGUCCAAGGUUGCACAGGCAUUGUGAGACCUGUUACAGCCGCCGCUGCAAAGCCUCCAUAGAGGUCUCCGUGUCUUGCAUGGUCAUCAACUGCCGCUUGCUCUGUGGGGCCUCCUUCCACUUAUGUAAAGAGGAGGAACACUCUCUGCUGUGUCCCAAUGAGAAGGUACCAUGCAUUAACACUCACUAUGGUUGCCCUUUCACCAUGCAUCGCUCUCAGCUGGCCAAACACCUUGAGGUGUGUCCUGCAAGCGUCGUCUGUUGCUCUAUGGAGUGGAACCGCUGGCCUGUCGAGAACCCAGAUGCCCCCUUGUGUACAAACCUUCUUAAAGAGCUCCAAGAGCAGGAAUCACUGGACCUUUCCAUGGCGCUGAGAGACCAGAAACAUCUAUGUGCCAGGUUGAAAAUGAGGAACUACUUUCCUGAGUUGAUGGAGGAACAAGAAGAGGAAACUGCUCGAACGGAAGAGUCUAUGUGUAAUGGGAUUCAUGUCAACGGACAUGGAGGUUCAGUUUUAGUAAAUGAACCAUCAACACCUUGUGAGAAAUCUCUAAAUGAAGAUGUGGUCCUAAAUGGUACCAUUGACAAGGACAAGUACAAUCGGUUCGAAAAGAUGUUUAGCAUGGAAAUGGGAGCUUGCAGGGAGGCAGAAACGUUGAAAACAGAAGAUAAAAAAGGAACAAAUAUGCCUUCAAAAGAUCCUUCUUUUACAAAGCCACAAGGAGCUUCUGUAGAGCCUGAGAAAGAGGAAGCCGAUACCUCCAAAACUGGAUUUGCACCUUGGCAGGAUGGCGUCCUGGAGAGACUCGGGCAGGAGGUGAAACCCAGAGAAUUCAACAUGUAUAUAGUGCAUCACGGGCGCAUGCUGAUCACCUUCGGUCAGAUGGAUGCGUGCACACCCAGGGAGAGAGAUUUUGUGUAUGGCAGCCUGGAGCCAAUACCAGUCCAAACUCUACGUUCCUUCAAGGUUCCCAGUAGUUACAAACAAAAACGCUUUCACCAAAAAGAAUGCUAUUCAAAAGCAUUGACUGAGGACAAAGGUGUCGGCACGUCUGACCUUGACGUAUCUAAAAACGACGGCGAGGAGAUGGAUGAGAUGUUUGCGACCUUACUCUGUUCUGCAGAGGCUGAGAUACGGGGCCACAAAAUUAGCGAAACUGUGUCAGUAGAUGGACUUUAUGUUGAUAUUGCGACACAGACAUAUAAUUUUGCCAAAGCUCCCUUCAAAUACAAUGCAACUCUGACUGAAAUUACAGAAGACAGAGAUUUGAAACUUCACGUUGAACUUGAAACAGAAACAGUUACCCUCAGACACAACAAAUCCACCUCGGCUUUCACGUUCCUGUGUGGCCAUUUCUUCCGGCGGGAUGAGUUUGCCUCACACUUUAAGAACGUACAUUCGGAUAUACAAUCCUGUCUGAGUGGCUGGUUUGAGCAGAGAUGCCCUCUAGCCUACCUUGGUUGCACCUUCAGUCAGAGAAGAUUACAGCCCAGCACACACAGGGCCAAAGUCUCUUAUAACCAAGACCUCAGUGUUUUCACCCUCACACCUGAGAUUCCUGCCUCUCUUAUGAACCAUUUGCAGAGUGGUACAUUAAAGGCACGUGCCAAAUGUGAAGAUCUCAGUAGCCUUCCGUUUGAGGUGCUUCACCACAUCGCUGGUUACCUGGAUAGUUUCAGCUUGUCCCAGCUUGCCUUGGUCUCACGAUUGUUCAGAGAUAUAUGUGCCACGCUUCUGCAGGAGAGAGGAAUGGUGGCCUUUAAGUGGCGUAAGAGGUCAUACUCUCAUGGAGGUGUCCGCUGGAAACCUACCAUAGUCUGGGAGUUCAGUACUCUUUUUAGCAAAGUGGAUAACUGGUGUAUCAGCAACACUCCGUCAAUGGCUGAGCACCUGAAACACUGUCCAUUCUACCUAGCUGAACUGAAAACUGAGCCCUUUGCCCUGGCCAAGUUUGACAACAAAAGAGAGGGGAGACAAAGUUUGGUUUCUUUGUUUAUGGCACGCAAAUGAUACCGUAACUGUGACUUUUAGUUUGAUUUUUUUUUUUUUAGAUGCUUACAGUGCUUGAAUGUCCAUUAGUGAACAUUAUUAUUCAUCAUUUUUCUUAUUUAUUUAUUUUUCUUUGAAAAUUAUAGCAUGAGUGUAAACAUUAAUUUUAAUUUUAAAUUAACAUUAAUUUUAGGAUGUUUGAGUAUUUGUUACAUUUUUGCUUUAAUGACAGCAGAAAUCAAGCUUGCAUGAACUCCAUAAGUUUGUGUAAUCGUAUUACUUUUUGGUUAUUUAUUAAUCAUUGUAUUUCUAGGUUUAAAUAAAAUUUUGGAUCCCAGAAAUUCAGGUCUCAAAUGUACUUUUUAUGUGUUUGAUAUCUUAUUGAAUGUAGCCUUUUGUUCUCUCUGUAUAACUUCUGAUAAUCACUGAUAGUAAAUAUGAUUAUUGCCAUAUGACUUAAUUGUCAUAGAUUUCCAUUUCUCUUCUCAUGUUUACGUUUAAUAUUUUUAGUUCUAAACAUGAUGGGGACACUAAACUCAUG